AUGGAGAACUCAUCCGAAUUAACAUGGUUUAAACUCAUUGCUUACAGUGAUAUGGGGAGCAUGAGGCCCUUUUACUUCACCUUAUUAAUCCUUAUGUAUUUUUCUGUAAUAACUUUUAAUGUUCUCACAAUAGGACUGGUGAUUUUUAAUAGGAGCUUGCAUGACAUGUAUUUUCUACUUUGCAGUUUGUUUGUGAAUGAACUGUAUGGCAGCACAGGGCUUUUCCCAUGGCUUAUUCAUAACAUGCUUUUAGAUGUUCACCACAUUUCUAGAUUCCAUUGUAUAUUGCAGAUAUUCUGUGUCCACACAUAUGCUUCUAUUGAGUUAACAAAUCUGGCUGUGAUGGCAUAUGACAGAUAUGUGUCCAUUUGUUAUCCUUUGAGAUACAUUGAAAUUAUGUCUCCAAUGCAUAUAUAUUUGUUGAUUGCAUUCAUCUGGAUAUAUUCAUUUGGUAAGUUCUCUGUUACACUCUCAAUGACUGUUCAACUCCGUUUGUGUGGACAUUUAAUCGCUAAGAUCUAUUGUGAUAAUUAUUCACUUGUCAAGUUGGCUUGUGAAGAUACAACAUUGAAUAAUAUUUAUGGAAGUUUUACAAUGUUUUUAUCAGUAGGCCUUCCAUUGAUUCUAAUUAUUUAUUCGUAUGCGAAAAUUCUGAAUAUUUGUUAUAGUUCUUCAAAACAGUCACAGCAGAAAGCUCUUAACACUUGCAUCCCACAUAUAAUGUCCUUGCUGAAUUUUGCUGUGGGCUGUUUAUUUGAAGUGGCCCAAAGUCGGUUUAACAUGCAACAUGUUCCUCUGAUACUCCGGAUUUUUCUGUCUCUUUACUUUUUGAUUAUCUGCCCUAUAAAUCCCAUCAUUUUUGGGGUGAAGACAGCAAAGAUUAGGGAAUCUUUCAGAAGAUUCUGCAUCAAAUUAUGGCCUUAA